AUGGCUUCGACGCUGCAGUUGAAGUCCCAUGUCCCGUACCGAAGGCCUCAUAGAGGGUGGUCGGCCAUCCAACGGAUGCUCUUGCGGGUCCGCCAGCAAUGGAAGUUGCUGGGCUUCUUUGAAAUCAACGAUCAGCACGAAUUUUUUGAGUUCACCUGCAUGCUCAAAGAAGGGCUGAAGGCCUCCAUCCAGAUAACCAUUGAUGAACCGGUGAGCAUGGAUUCGCGAAAGCCAUCCGAUUUUACCAGGGUGCUUAAGCAGUUCCAUGCGGGUUACGAGAUGCGGACCUACGCAGCUCCUGUCUUUGCCCGUUUCCGGCAGUGUCUUGGCAUGACUGACACGGAUUUCCAAAUGUCCUUGACGUGUGAAAGUUCCUACCUGCAGUUCAUCAGUAACUCUAAAAGCAGAGCUGACUUCUUCCUGACGUUCGACAAGCGUUAUUUCCUGAAGACGCAACGGAAACGCGAGAUCCGCUUCCUCCUGACCAACCUGCCGAAAUACUUGGCCCACAUGGAGAGAUACCCACACUCCAUCCUGGUGAAAUUCCUGGGUGUUUAUAGCAUCAUUGCCCCCCAAGAGAAGAAGAGAUACUUCAUCAUCAUGCAAAGUAUCUUCUAUCCCCAUGAGAAGAUUACUGAACACUAUGACAUCAAAGGGUGCGAAGUCGAUCGCUGGACAGAUCCCAACGUAGAUGGCAGUGAUGUCAUUGUGGUUUUUAAGGACUGCGACUUUGGAGACAAGGUGAUCUCCCUUAGCCAAGACCAGACCUGGUUGGUGCAGCAAGUGAAAUUGGACACCCAGUUUCUCAAAGCUUUGCACGUGAUUGACUACAGUUUGCUGGUGGGCCUUCAACCUCUCCAUGAAGAUGAUCGGCUCCUGAACAAGACGCUGGGAAAUAUAUUAGCCAGGACGAGAUUGUCGGUGAGCUAUGAUUAUCCUCGCCGCAGCGCUGCCUCGGGGGUGACUGACGGCAGAUCUCCUUCCAAUACAUCUUGCAGCUCCUCCAGCUGUGACCAGAUCCACCGGUUGUAUCCAGAUUACUUGUCCCCCUACUUGAAACCCGAUCGGCCUCCGGAGCAGUUGAUCCGAAGCGAGGGUUUCAUGCGCAACGUGGUGACGCCGUUCCUGAUGCAGAACAGCUACGACGACGUGAGCUACAUUGUGAACAGCGCCCUCUAUGCCCCCAGCCUCUUUGACUUGUCUGAUGACUCCUCGGCGCAGCAUCGCCGGAUCCUGCCCAUGUGCAAAAACCCUCUACACACGAUCGACGGACCGGAUUACCGCUACUACGUAGGGAUCGUCGACCUUUUCACCGUCUACAGUUUCCGCAAAAAGGUGGAACAUUGGUGGAAGAGCCUCCGUUACAGGGGCCACCAGUUCUCCACGGUGGAACCUUCUUACUACGCUCGGAGAUUGUGUCAGUGGGUGGAAGAUCACAUUAUAUGA